AUGGCAUUUCUUAGGUGUGCUCUCGUCCUCCUUGUUCUUUGCUCUGGGGUGUUCAGUGAGGUGCUUCAAAGCUUCACUGAUGUCCCAGGCUGCCAGAAAUUCUUCUAUACGGGGCAGGAGCCAUUAGGUCUGGCCUCUAAUAGUACUGCCAAUAUAUGUCAGCGCCUGCAAGGGGCUUACCACUAUGCCACCCUCUACCACCUCCUGGCACGUGUGCCUAUCUACUCAGCAUACAUCUUGGAGGUUUCCACAACAUCUCGCCCUGAUAUCUCCUCCAGCAACUGGUACCUGGAGCCAAUGUUGGGUGGACUCCCCCAGAAGGAUAUGCUUCAGCCCUCAAACAGUGAAAUGCAGCUGAACCUGGAUGAUGUGCUAGAAAGUCAAGCAGUCAAUGAUGAUUACAGGAACUCUGGCUACAGUCGUGGUCACGUGAACCCUAGCGGGCACCACAGCAGUGCGUCCCAGCUCUCCACAUUCACCUACACAAACAUGGCGCCCCAGGACGCAACAUUCAACAGUGGAACCUGGAAUGCCUAUGAAACUUUUCUUCGAGACAAGAUCCUGACAACCUGUCAACAAACCCAUGUCCUCAGUGGAGUCAUCAUCUCUGGAUCCCAUCCUGGGGAGGGCAAGUGGCUACGAAACCGAGUCAAUGUCCCCACCUUCUACUGGAGCGCAUUCUGUUGUGUGAAAUCCGAUGGAACUAGGAGGGCUGAAGGAAGAUUAGGUCGGAAUCAAAGUCCCUAUGACACGGUGACCAAGACAAUCCCCGACCUGGAAGCCAUCCUGAGCAAGGAGUAUGGAGCACAGGUGUCACUGUUUGCUGGAGGCUGCCAGUGA